AUGCCCGCGGCAUCAAGGCCGGGGCUGUCAGCGUACACGGCGUCCAAGCUGGCUCUGUCAAGGCUCAUCAAGUCCGUGGAGGCGGAGCAGCAGCAGCAACGCAUAUCCACCGUCGCCGUGCAAAGUUGGCGGCACGGGCCGACCAGCCAGCUGCCCGUCGACGCGCCGUGUUUGCCUGAGCACUUCCUCGUCUGGAUGGCCAGCCCCGAGGCGUGCUACCUCCAUGGGCGGACUGUGUGGGCGAACUGGGAUGUGGAUGAGCUCAAGGCCCAGGGGGGAGAAGGUUUGCGGGCGGAUCCUAGUAGGUCCACCUAG